UAUAUUUUAUUGAUAUGGAAACAUUGUAAACAUUUUGCGUGAACGAAUGACACAUAUUCUUGACGGAAUCUGAAACUCAAAAUAAAAAUUUAAUAAUGGUGGAUCGUUUGGUAAAUAGUGAAGCAAAUGCAAGAAGAAUUGCUAUGGUGGAGAACUGCUUCGGCAGUUCGGGUCAGCCCUUGGCAGAACAAGGCAGAGUUCUUGUGGGCGAGGGUGUCUUAACCAAAAUGUGCAGGAAGAAACCGAAAGCUCGCCAGUUCUUCCUAUUUAAUGACAUCCUGGUCUACGGAAACAUUGUUAUAAACAAAAAGAAAUGUAACAAGCAACAUGUCAUUCCACUAGAAGAAGUGAAACUGGAGGCUUUGAAGGAUGAUGGACAAUACCGCAAUGGGUGGCUGAUCCGCACGGCGUCCAAGUCGUUCGCGGUGUACGCGGCCACGGCCACCGAAAAGGAGGAGUGGAUGGCGCACAUAGAGAAAUGCAUAGAGGACUUGCUCAGGAAAAGCGGAAAGCAGCCACCGUCGGAGCACGCUGCAGUAUGGGUGCCCGACAACGAGGCGUCCAUCUGCAUGCACUGCAAGAAGACACAGUUCACUGUCCUCAACAGGAGACACCAUUGUCGCAAGUGCGGGUCGGUGGUGUGCGGGCCGUGCUCGUCGAAGCGCUACGUGCUGCGCGGGCAGAGCGAGAAGCCGCUGCGCGUGUGCCUGCAGUGCUACGACGAGCUCACCCGCGAGCGCGCGCGGCCCAACCAGCCCAACCAGCCCGCCAACACCAACACGCCCGUGAAACCGUCGUCGGACAACGCCGGCUCCGGCGGCGACUCGUCGGCCGACGACGACAGCGACGACGACGACGACCGCGCCGAGGAGAAACAUGAUGAGGGGUUUACAAGUUAUAACGGUGUCAAAAAUGGAUUUGGAAGUAAAGUCACAACAGUAUAGUACAAAUUCAGAUUGACCAAAAUUCUAUGGUGAUGGUGAUAAGACUGAAGAGACCAACAACCAUUCGUCCAAGGAUUUCGCCAAGUGAACAGAUGUUAGAGUUAGCUCCAAACUUAUCUUACCAAAACUUUUAACGGCCCUUAUAAACAAAUUUUAAGUGAUUUUCGACCUUAUAAUCAAGGUAUAAUGUAUACUAGUUGCAAACUAUUUUUCAAUUACUAAUGUGACCAUUUUGAAUGUAUAUUUCUUAAAGUUUUGGUGAGAUAAAAGGUUAAGUAAUGUAUUUAUUGGCGCCCGAAGACCCUGUAAUGUAAUUGAUACCAGUAGAUUACAUUUUCCCAAGUUAAUUAUUAUUUAUAGGGCGCCUAUAAUGGGAUUGUUUAACCUAAAAGAGCAAAAGUAAAAUAUUUACAAGUCUUAUGAACAGGCUGCAGCAAAAACUGUUUUUUAUUUUAUUUGAUUAAUUUCUCUGGUGGAAUUUAUUGAUGGGAUAAAUCCAUAUAAUUUAAUAUGUAACCACAUUCGCUAAUUUUACUAAUUUCUUCACUAUAUGUGUACAAAAUAUAAUAAAGAAUAUUCAGCGUGCUCUUAAGUCCACAGACAAAUUCUAUUAAAUGUUGUUACAGCAUCGAGAAACGUAAGGCAAAUUAAAUGAUGCAUUAUUGCGAUAACAUUGUUACAGUUAGUACUGAAACCAUUGAAUGGAUGAUGGCAGUUAUUAACCAAUAAAUGGAUGAUACUUCAAAUUUUAGUUCAUGUAUAUUUUCUGUAUUCUAUUACAUAAGUUUCUAUCAAAUAUUCGUUUAAGUACAAUUUGGGACAUAUAAAGUUAUAUAUAACAACUAUAAAUUCAUCAAUUUUCGAGUAUUUAUUAUUGUUUGCAACAAAAUGGACGGGGACCACAAAGGCCGUUAGGCAAACGUAUUCUCGUCAUUUCAAAUUUGCCUCAUAACAACUGACGAUCUUUGGCUUUUCGCAUUCAAAUGUUACUGUAAAAAAUUAAUAUCGAUUUUUAUUAAACUAUCUAAGACUCGAUCGCAGCAUAAAACAUCAUUUUCUGUAGAAAAUGCACGAUGAAAAUCUAAAGCAAUGUAGUUAGAUAAAUAUUAAACUUACCUGUACUUCUUUCUGACUGAAAAUCGUUUCUAUAAGACAAGGUCCAAGUAAAUUUCUUAAAUUCUUCAACAAUUUGUACUUUAAUACACUUUAUUGUAACUUUUUAUUGAAUGAGAAUGUAAAUAUUUGGUAUUACUUUCGGUUUUGCUUCCAGCUUUAAUAUCGCUCAAACAAACCGAGACGGCAGGUUUUAUUUAAUUCUAAUUUAUUUAACAAACAAUACCUUAACGUGGUACUAACAGAAGUUAACAAUAAUCCUUAGGUUAAGUCAUAAUGUUAUGUCGAUCAUUACAUAUUUAAUAUUCUACAUGAGUUAGCAUAUUUUAUUAUAAACUUUAUUAUAGUUUAUAUUUUGCUAUUUUUAUUGUUAAUUAUUGCGGAUUGGUUUAAGAAUUAGACUUGAAUUGGAGAUUUAAUAGGUAUGAUAUUUACAGGGUUUAAACGUUACGCAGUUUCUAACUUUAUUAUUAAAUUUUGGAUAUGAUACUGGUUUGCUGCUAUUAGAAUAAUUGAUUAAAAUUUUAAUUUGGCUGUUUUUUAAAUCAAUCCGUACAUUGUAAAGUAAUUGUCUAGAAUCGUAUGUAUAUCAGUUUUUUUUAGAAAUUAAGAGGUGCAUUGAGUAGCGUAAUUUGUUUCAUUCAGAAACACGAUAUAGUUUAUUUUCAAAACAAUAAAAUAUUAAAGAUUGGCCUAUGUAACGUGGCCUAAGUGUUAGCUGUUUUCGUUUCGCGAAAUAUUGUUAAGCAAUAUUAUUUUAAGAUAUUGUUUAAUUUUCAGUUGACAAAUAUACAAUCAUAUUUUUA